ACAACAAAAACCAAAAGCAGCAAUGAUUAGUUGACAAAUAAUGAGCGACUCAAAGGACACAAGAUAAAGAACCCAGGCGAUAUUAUGUCUGCUAUGGAUUCGGGAGAGUGGGAAGAUGCUGAAAGUGAUAUGGAGUCUGUAUACAGGACCAACAGUAUAGAAUUGAAACGGAGACGUGGCAAUACGAAAGAGCAGAAUGACUUAGCCAAGGCAUUUGACAUCGAUAUCAAAUAUGACCCUAACAUGUCAAUGGAAGAGCAUCAUGAUAAGGUUAUAGCAUCGUUUGUGUCAAAGCUGUACCAAGAAAAACACCUCUGUGAUGUUGUCCUGAAAGUUGGAAAUCAUGAAUUCCCGGCACAUAAGGUUGUUCUUGCUGCACAUAGUCCAAAGCUCUAUAAAUUGUUCACAAAACUACACGAAGGAAAGAACGUAGAAUUGAUUUUAAAUGAAAGCACAACAGAUGGUGUGGCUGCUACAUUGUGUUUUAUUUAUACCUCCAAAAUCGUGAUUUCAUUGGCAACAGUUGAUGACUUGCUGUCCGCAUCUAAGCAGUUGGGGUUCCAAGAAAUCAUACAGCUCUGUGCAAGAUUUCUAUUAAAAGACGACACCUUAACGGUGUUCGAACAGCUAGAUAUUGCCCAGCGGCACCAUCUAGACGAUGUUAGCAAUAGUCUCGAUCAAUUUAUAAAUGAACAUUUUCUUGACAUCGUUUCGUCAGCAGAACAUUUGAAAUGCUCAUUUUCCUGCCUUUGUGAAAUAGCAUCAAGGGAUGCUCUCCAUGUUAUUUCCGAAAUCGAUGUGUUUUACGCAAUACUUGCUUGGUUAGAUACGAACAGAAAGGAACGUAUGGAGUUUGCAGCAGAUGCCAUGAAGUGUGUCAGAUUUAUACUGAUUUCUCCUGAAGAUAUUGCUACUCAUGUUGAAACAACCCACGUCAUAAAAGUUCCGGAAAUCAACGCCAUGAUUUACCAAGCACUGAGAUAUCACGCCCUCUUGAACACGGGUAGUUCACUGGCUAGUGUUGUCCAGGUUCCAGGUAAAAGACACUGGCUUCCGUCCUCGGUAGAGAACUUACAAAUACGCAAAAAGUUGUUAGAGAAACCAAAGAUAAAGAAACGCGAUACAUUGCGUCCAAAACAAGAACCAUCUGGGUAUCAUGACUUUCCGAAACCAGAAGAAGUAAAGAUUAGCCCAUGUCCAAGUCCACUUCCUCUACCUCCUUUGCCUGACAGUGUCCUCUUGAUUGGUGGAGUCACUAGCCUAAAGCAAGAGCUUUACCCAGUACAUCCGUGGAACACAAUCAUGCAGUAUACUCUCAGGGAUAACUUUUGGGAGGAGGGAGCUAAACUUCCUAAGUCUGUUCAUCACCAUGCCCUGGCGCGAAUUGACCAUUUUAUCUACGUCAUUGGUGGUUCCGCAUUUGACCAUAAAGAACCAACAGCAUUGGUUAAUCCAAUUAAAGAUGUUCAAAGAUACGAUGUAGACACAGAAAGCUGGCGAAAGAUGUCGCCAUUAACACACGCGCGAAUGUACGUCGAAGCUGUUGUGUUGGACGAUACCAUCUAUGCAAUUGGGGGACAAGACGAUGAUGGAGGGGUGCUGUGUAAUAUGGAAAGGUACAAUGAAACUGCAGAUAGUUGGGAGGUGAUCCCACUACCAUCGUGUCACAUUGGCAUAGCUGUCACUGUGCAUAGGGGACAGAUAUUCGCAGCCGGGGGGUACUGCAGCGAUACUCGUAAAGCCCUUAAAGUUGUUGGCACCUACGAUGUUGACAAAAAUAGUUGGUCAAAGAAGAACGAUAUGAUAGUUGGUCGUUGCCACGCUCGUCUUGUAGACGUCAAAGGAACGAUGUACGUAAUUGGUGGGGCCACUAAAUGGGAAACUAGAGACGCCAUAUCGAGUCUUGGAUCCAUUAGCAUGUAUGAUGAUGACGCGGAUUCAUGGUCACGUGUGGCGGAAAUGAAACUGCCACGUCAUGACGUCAUGUGUGCUGUUGUUGGAUCCAAGAUCUUCAUCAUGGGUGGAAUAAGUACACAAGGCAAUAGAUGUCUGACUACUGUAGAAUGCUUUGAAACAGAGACAAACUCACUGAGAACUGAUGUAGAACAUUUAGUAAAACCUAACGUUGGUGGAGCUGCCGUGUUUGUCCCUUCAAGAUCUUAAUGGACUAUUCUUAAUAUGUAGCUUUAUGAAAUAAACCUAACCAAAGAAGAGCAUUAAAAAUAUCCUAGAUUAGAAAAU